AUGGGCUCUCAGAACAUGCCUGCCUGGCGGCAACUGAAUGUCGGCGUCAUCGGUGGCGGCAUCGGCGGCAUGUCGGCGGCCAUCGCGCUCCGGCGCUCCGGCCAUCAGGUCACCAUUUACGAAAAGUCGGACUUUGCCGGCGAGGUUGGUGCGUCAGUAUCCUGCGCUGCCAACGGAACUCGCUGGCUUCACGAGUGGGAUGUCGAUGUCGCCAAGGGCGACCCCGUGGUGCUGAAGAAGCUCAUCAACCGAGACUGGAAAACCGGCGAGCCCGUAAGUGUGUAUGACCUCGACGACUACCAGGAGCGAUGGGGCUAUGUCUACAACAUGUUCCAUCGCCAGUACAUGCACGCCAUGCUUAAGGAAUGUGCACUGCAAGGGGAGGGCGAAGGGCCGCCUGCUAGGCUGCUCGUCAAUCACAAGUGUCGAGACGUCGAUGUUCUCGGCGGCAAGAUCACAUUCCAGAACGGCGCCGUCGUCCGACAUGAUCUGAUUGUGGGCGCGGAUGGCAUUGGGUCUGCCGUUAGAGGGGCGAUAGGCAUCAAACCGGAGAAGCGGCCGGCUGAUCAGAGCUGUCUGCACACAAACGUCACCACCGAAGAGGCCGUCAAGGCCGGCCUUGUCGACUACUCCAAAGACAGUGCCCUGGAGUACUGGGGUGGUCAGGAGGGCAAAUGGGACAAGAUUGUCUUAUCCCCGUGCAACGACGGCAAGCUGCUCUCCUACUACUGCUUCUUUCCCCGCGACAGGGGCGAUUACGCCAACCAGACCUGGGGCGGAGAGGACCGCCCGGUCGAGGAGCUCCUGAACCCAUACCCUGAGCUGGAUCGACAAGUCUUCAGCCACCUGGCCAUUGGAAAGGAGAUUCGUCCUUGGCGCCUGUGGAUUCACGACCCGUACCCGUACAUCCACCGCGGCAACGUCUGCCUGCUCGGCGACGCCGGCCACCCCAUGAUGCCGCACCAGAGCCAGGGAGCGUGCAUGGCAAUCGAGGAUGCAGCCGCACUUGGCAUUCUCUUCAACAAGAGCAACUUCAAGGGCAACAUCGCCCAGGCACUUUCCGUAUAUGACGAAGUACGGCUGCCGCGCGUCACUCGUGUGCAAGCCGCCGCCGCCAAAGCGGCUUACAACAUAAACGAGAGGAUAGGCUUCUCGGUUAACAAGAACAUCCCUACAUACAAAGUGGAGGAUCCGGGCAAGAUUCUGACCAUCGAAGAAAUGAACGCAUAUGAUAUGUACAAGGACAUCGAGGAACAGCUCGCAGCACGGCGCGGCGUCGAGUUCCCUGACAAGUUCAUUCGCGGCUUACCAAUCGGACUUGAGUUGCCCAACGGUAUCACGGUUGGAGGCUAG